GGUAGUGAGUUGCUUUUUGUUGGUUUUCAAAAGAUAUAUUAUUCACUAAAGUACUGUAUUCUUUGGAAUAGAACGCAGCAUGCGAAAAUAGAAAGUGACUUCCUCGGUGUUGUUAUGAGUGGUUAUAAGUAUGGAAAUAAGAUUAGUACUAGAUUGUGAUAGAUAGAUGCCGCCUGUGUGUGAAAUCGUUAGGCGAUAUUAAGGGGCAAAACAUGGUGGUUAGAGUGGGAGGGCUUUAGUCCAGUGUGACUGAUGCUAGCCGCUCGUUGUGACUGCGAGCUCUUGUUUCAAACGCUGUCGUCAGACAGACGCAAGACACGAAGUCAAACCUUUUCACCUUCUACCGUCCAAACGUAAAUAUUGAUUGUCAGACGACGCGGUAGUCCGCAAUGGAGCCGGAUUUUAUUUUAAAACCGCCCCUUUCGAGCUAGAAGACGAACCCGCGUCGUGUCACUUUUUUGUGGCGGCCGACCGAUUUCAACCUUCUCUUGUUCGCCUUUAGAGAUCAAACUUUUCCUCGCUUGUUUUUUGAGGCAACCAGCCUGUGACCUUCACGUCGUCCACUCUUAGUGAGUAUUGGGGAAUCUUUUGUAACCCAAAGGCAAGACGAUCCGCCGAACUUUUCGCCUUUUCUUUGAAUUCGUUGCAAAUAUGAUGAUGUCAUCGACGCCACUUUUUCCUCAAGUUAUGGCGGAGCACAACUUUCCCGACUUCUCUUGACCAUUGAGAGCACUUGGCUUUACUAAUGGAGCACCUCCAGGGAGCGUGGAAGACCCUGAGCAACGGCUUUGGAAUGAAGGACUCUGCUUUCGAAGGUCCGUGUCUUUCACCGACUAUGGUCCAGGGAUUUUCCUGCCAGCGUCACUCCUCAGAUGACAGUAAGAUACCCGACUCAAAGGCGAGCAGCACCAUCCGUGUCUACCUCCCAAACCAGCAGCGUACUGUGGUAAAUGUACGGCCAGGUAUGACUUUGCAAAGCUGCUUGAUUAAAGCGCUCAUGGUGCGAGGCCUGCAGCCUCAGUGUUGUGCCGUUUUCAGACUGCAUUCUGGACAGAGGAGUAAAAAACUACGGAUGGAUUGGAAUACUGACUCCACCUCCCUGAUUGGGGAAGAGUUGCUGGUGGAGGUUUUGGAUCAUGUUCCUCUGACCACGCAUAAUUUUGUCCGGAAAACGUAUCUGAAGCUAGCGUUCUGUGACAUUUGCCAGAAGUUUCUUUUGAACGGUUUCCGUUGCCAAACGUGUGGCUACAAGUUCCAUGAGCAUUGCAGCACCAAAGUACCCACAAUGUGUGUGGACUGGAGUAAUAUUCGACAACUCCUUCUGUAUCCAACACCUGGCGAGAGUGGCGCCCCAUCACUUCCCCCUUUGACGUCUCGGAGAAUGAGAGAAUCCCUUACUCGCUUUCCAAGCUCUGCCCACCGAUAUUCUACACCCCAUGCCUUCAACUAUGUCACGCCUUACUCACCCACGGGGGGCGGUCUCUCCCAGAGGCAACGCUCGACUUCUACUCCAAACGUCCAUGUGGUUAGCACAACUCUGCCUGUAGACAGCAGCAUGAUUGAGGAUGCAAUGCGGGAUCAUGACUCGGCUGGGAGUUCCCCCAACCAGAGUCCUACAGGCUGGUCCCAAACCAAAGCACCUGCACCAGCUCAGCGGGAGCGGUCGACGUCCUUCAAUACUCAGGAAAAGAAUAAAAUUAGGCCUCGGGACAAGCGUGACUCUAGUUACUACUGGGAGAUUGAAGCCAGUGAGGUGUAUCUGCACUCCCGCAUUGGUUCGGGCUCCUUUGGAACUGUAUACAAAGGGAAAUGGCAUGGUGAUGUAGCAGUGAAGAUUUUAAAGGUGACUUACCCCACGCCAGAGCAAUUUCAGGCAUUUAGAAAUGAAGUAGCUGUGCUAAGAAAGACACGGCAUGUCAACAUCCUGUUGUUUAUGGGCUACAUGACAAAAGACAACCUGGCCAUUGUGACCCAGUGGUGUGAGGGCAGCAGCCUCUACAAACACAUUCAUGUCUUGGAGACCAACUUCAAGAUGAUCCAGCUUAUAGACAUUGCAAGGCAGACGGCUCAGGGCAUGGAUUAUCUGCAUGCGAAGAACAUCAUUCAUCGUGACAUGAAGUCCAACAAUAUAUUUUUGCAUGAGGGGCUGACCGUCAAAAUUGGCGACUUUGGUCUCGCAACCGUAAAGGCCAGGUGGAGUGGUUCGCACCAGGUGGAGCAGCCUUCUGGCUCCAUUCUCUGGAUGGCUCCUGAAGUUAUACGGAUGCAGGACAACAAUCCCUACAGCUUCCAAUCAGAUGUCUAUUCCUAUGGAAUUGUUCUUUUUGAGCUCAUGACUGGGGAGCUCCCGUACUCCCAGAUAGCAAACAGAGACCAGAUUAUCUUUAUGGUGGGACGUGGCUAUCUGUCACCUGACCUCAGCAAGCUGUACAAGAACUGCCCCAAAGCCAUGAAAAGGUUGGUUGCUGACUGCAUCAAGAAGUCCAAGGAUGAGAGGCCGCUCUUCCCACAGAUCCUGUCCUCUAUUGAGCUUCUACAGCAUGCCCUGCCUAAAAUAAACCACAGUGCCUCUGAACCGUCCCUGCACAGAGCCUCUCACACUGAGGAUAUCAAUGCUUGUACUCUGACCUCCACAAAGCUGCCUAUUUUUUAAAGGAUCAGACAGCUCCACCUCCUUCUCCUCUCCUUAUGCAGCCCCUUCUCUCAAAUUCACCCGGCAGUUCAAUACUCUGAGCACACAAACCCUUUGCAUAUUAAAACAAUAAUACUUCAAAGCAGUACUCAUCACUAUACUAAGGAGGGAAAAGGAGCGAGGGAAGGGCAGAGUGGAGAGAUAGACAUUGGAUGGAGUGGUGCAGUAGGAUGUACAAAUGAAAAGGGUGUAGGCAGAGCCCGGCCCAUUGCAUCGCUGCACGUUCAAAGAAGUAUACAGUGCCUCUUUGUAAAUAUAUGCACAGACAAUUUACCUACAUCGACAGUGACAAGUAGACAUUGAAGGAGGCGUGAAGAGUUGCUUCUCUUGGCUCUGUGAAGUGAAGCACAUGCGACUAUUUUGCCGCCCUUUUUUUUUCAUUUUUUUUGAACAGGACCUUUUUUUUUCCAGUAGGAAACUCUGCUGCCUUAAGAGGAAACACACAAAGCUCCUGCACAAGAUCACCUCUGGCAAACACAGCUGCUGGAUGUAGUCCAUUCAGUUGUGGCUUCAUUUUGCAUUGUCUUAAGUGCUAAAAGGACUGGAUAUGGGGAAUAUAUUUGUUUUUAAUUGUCUUUGACAGCAUUAAAUUUUGAUUUCAAGUCAUGUCAGCGUAACUGAAGCCUGUCAAAUGAUGAGCACGGGUAACAAUGGAAGUUGAUGAAUUUGCACAUUUUGGCAAAAGCAGUAGUUUUCUUUUUACAGUCUACACAGAAGCUUGUAGCUGAUCUGUCCGCACUAUAUAAAAAGGCUGGACGUUUAGGCCGUUGUCUUAAAUAUUUAAAGUGAUUUGAAACUAAUUUGUUUUAUCGGGUCUCGUUCAGGAGAUCAAAUGUUUUAAUGUCAACUUGGUGAGAAAGUUGCCUAUUUACUAUUUUAAUAAAAUUAAGAUAAAUUCUUUGCCAAACUUGUAGCU